GCCGCGCUACGUGUCGCCGAGCCCUUAUAGCCCCGGCCCGCCCGGCCCUGCGCGCCGCCCGCACCAUGUCGAGCACCGAGCACACGGGAUCAACCAACGUGGUUUACCAAGCCCACCACGUGAGCAGGAGUAAGAGAGGACAAGUUGUGGGUACCAGAGGAGGAUUUCGAGGCUGCACCGUUUGGCUGACAGGCCUUUCUGGAGCCGGCAAGACAACCAUUGGCUUUGCCCUGGAAGAGUACCUGGUCUCCCAUGGCAUCCCUUGCUAUUCCCUGGACGGCGACAACGUCCGGCACGGCUUGAACAAGAACCUGGGUUUCUCGGCGUCGGACCGCGAGGAGAACAUCCGGCGCAUCGCCGAGGUCGCCCGGCUCUUCGCCGACGCGGGGCUUGUCUGCAUCACCAGCUUCAUUUCUCCUUUCACCAAGGAUCGUCAAAAUGCACGGAAAAUUCACGAGGCAGCUGGACUUCCUUUCUUUGAAAUCUUUGUAGAUGCUCCUUUAAAUAUCUGUGAAAGCAGAGAUGUGAAGGGUCUGUACAAAAAGGCAAGAGCUGGAGAGAUCAAAGGAUUCACAGGGAUUGACUCAGAGUACGAGAAGCCUGAAGCUCCUGAACUAGUGUUGAAAACGAAUGUUGCAUCAGUGUCUGAAUGUAUCCAGCAGGUUGUGGAGCUCCUCCAAGCACAGAAUAUCGUUCCCUGGGGCUCAAUUAAGGAUGUUCUUGAGCUGUUUGUGCCUGAAAAUAAGCUCAGCAGUGUCCGAGCUGAGGCAGAGAAGCUGCCAUCCGUGGAGAUCACUAAGCUGGAUCUGCAGUGGGUGCAGGUGCUGAGCGAAGGCUGGGCCACUCCGCUGAAGGGCUUCAUGCGGGAGGCAGAGUACCUGCAAGUGCUGCACUUUGGCACCCUGCUCAACGGAAGGAGUCGCUUGGUAGCUGAUGGUGUGGUGAACCUGAGCAUCCCCAUCGUGCUGCCGGUGUCGGAGGAGGACAAGCAGCGGCUGGAGGGCUGCGAGGCGCUGGCGCUCAGCUUCCAGGGCCGCAGGGUGGCCGUGCUCAGGAGCCCCGAGUUCUUCCAGCACAGGAAGGAGGAGCGCUGUGCCCGCGUCUGGGGCACCACCUGCCCCAGGCACCCCCACAUCCAGAUGGUGAUGGAGAGCGGAGACUGGCUGGUUGGUGGAGACCUCCUUGCCCUGGAGAAGAUCAAGUGGAACGAUGGGCUGGACCAGUACCGCCUCACCCCACGGGCUCUGAAGCAGAAGUUCAGGGAGAUGAAUGCUGACGCCGUCUUCGCGUUCCAGCUGCGCAACCCCGUGCACAACGGGCACGCCCUGCUCAUGCAGGACACGCGGCGCCAGCUCCUGGAGAGGGGCUACAAGAACCCUGUGCUCCUCCUGCACCCCCUGGGGGGGUGGACCAAGGAUGACGACGUGCCGCUGGAGUGGCGGAUGAAGCAGCACGCGGCUGUGCUGGAGGAGCAGGUCCUGGACCCCAAGUCGACCGUCGUGGCCAUCUUCCCCUCUCCCAUGCUCUACGCCGGCCCCACCGAGGUGCAGUGGCACUGCCGAGCCCGGAUGAUGGCGGGGGCCAACUUCUACAUCGUGGGGCGCGAUCCCGCGGGGAUGCCGCACCCCGACACCAAGAAGGACCUCUACGAGCCCACGCACGGCGGGAAGGUGCUCAGCAUGGCCCCGGGGCUCACCUCGGUGGAGAUCAUCCCCUUCAGGGUGGCUGCCUACAACAAGCUGAAAAGGGCCAUGGAUUUUUAUGACCCCAAAAGGCACGACGACUUUGACUUCAUCUCAGGAACACGCAUGAGGAAACUCGCUCGGGAAGGGGAGAACCCCCCGGACGGCUUCAUGGCCCCCAAGGCCUGGAAAGUCCUCACCACCUACUACCAGUCGCUGGAAAAGAACUAACACUCCUCCUCCUCCUCCCCAGAAAUACUUGUAUUAAGAGUGAGCAAUGAUUGAUUGAUUCCCUAUGACACAGAUCAGUUACUUGGCAUUUCCAGUGCUCUGACUGUGGGAUUUUCCUACCCAGGUCAGAGUGGUUUUUACUAAUCAGAAAUACUUUGAGCCUGGUCCUUCUCCCCUUGAAGCUGCUGGGAGCAUCCUUGUGGAGCCGGAAGGGAGAAGGGCAGCAGGUCCUUCAUUCCCAGCUGAGCCUGGUGGCAGGAAGCCCAGCACAGCCUCCAGAUGGGCCACACGGAUAUUUUGGUGCUGCCGGGGCCACGCACCGGCUCCCAGUGCAGAGGUGGGGCCUCAGCACCAGGAUAAAUCCUGCCUGUCCCUGCGUGCAGCAGGAAUGAAGAAGUGCCUUCCCAGUGCCCCUCUCCCAGCACUGCCUGACGAGGCAGGAGCAGGUGCUGAAGCCAGGAGCAGAUGCUGCUGCUGGGGUGGGAAACGGGCACCCAGUGCCCGGAUCCAGUCACUGCCCUCCAGGUUGUGCCUUAGACAAUUUUUCCUGAUAAACAGCGGAAUCUUUUUAAUGCCCUUUUUUAAAAGGAUUUUUUAAAAUCAGCCUUGACCACCACCAGUUCCUUGUGGCCGAGCCAGUUGCUCACUGUCAGUCCUUGCUUCCUUCCUCCCGUUUGACCUCUCUGGUCACACAAAACCCUGGAUGAGUGUUUCUGGUGCUCUGAGCUCAGCUCUCUGCGGGGACUGUGCCGUGGUGCUCCCUGUGCUCACAGCCUGGCAGGGGAAGCUGGCCUGGGAGGCACCUGAGAUCUCUGAGGAAGAUCUGAGCAGCAAGAAAAAACUGGGGAUGCCAUCCACAUGCUAUGGAGUAUCUUCCUGCCUGGGAGGAUCGGAUCCCCCUUCCCUCUGCCUGCGCUCCUCCCAUCCCAAAGGCAAAUCAAAGGCCAAACAGCCAAGUGGCCACGUGAGGGGGGUCUGAGCAGCUGCCCGUGGUAAACCAGGUGAGAGGAGGCUGAAGCUCCUGCCCCCCUCUGUACCUGCAGCCCUGUGUGGGUACAGGUGACCCAAUUCCCUCCGUGCCAGUGGGAUGGGAUCAGUGGCUCUGGCUGGGGGACGGCAGGAAAGCCCUUGGGCCCCCCCAGCCCUUUGGGGAGCUGAGAGCCAGUGCCUGGUGCUGCUCCCAGCUCUGGCUGGUGGAAAGUUACCCCAGACUUCACCUCCUUCCCCGGCCUCAGCCCCAGCUGGACUUUGCCGCUGUGCCUGAGGCUUUUCCACUGCCUCCCUGGGCCGGGAGCGGGCAGUGAUGCAACCCUGGAGCCUCACCCGCUGUGCUGCACCCCGAGCAUCCCCCUGGGAGCCCCAUGGCCACCUGCCCCUGCCUCAGGUGCUCCCUGUGGCCAGCAGAGCUUUCCCAGGGAAAGGGCUGAUCCCACUCCACCUUCCCGGGCGGGAGGUGCCAGCAGAGGACAGUCAUGCACUCAUUUGUUACUCCAACGACCUGAAUUUGUGAUUUUUGUACCUGUCCUUCUUUAGUAGCUGCCCCAGAUCCGGUCAGGAUGUGUUCCCAAUGAACAGGAACCAGCGUUCCCUUCUCCUUGUGCUUCAGUGUUAAUGACAAACGGAUCUGUGCUCAGCAAAACCCACCAGCUUCCCCUGUCAGGGUCGGGAGCGACACCCCCAGCUCCGAGCUGCUGUGCUGGGGCCACGGCACAGCCUCCAAGCCUUUGGGCAUGGCUGGAAAACAGCCUUGCAAAAAGGCUUGUUGGGUGGGUUUUUAAGUCAUUUUUUAAAAGUAUUUGGAGCAAAGAGCCCAAAGCUUGUGUCAUACCCCAAGGAAAUGCUGCAGCCCCCGUGGUGGGAGCCGACAGCACCUCAGCACCUCACCUGCUCAGGCCCUCUGGCAGGGACCUGGAAGCCAAAAGCAAUAUUCCCACUUUGGAUUUUUAAGGAGUGAAGUAGCACUGUUGCUGCUCAUCGUAAAACAAUCCAACAUUAAAAAAACCCUCUGUGGUAAAUCCAAGUGGUUACAGCAAACACAGACGUUGUAUUAUCCUGUUAAACCAGCGCAGUGUCCCGAUUACCUCUGAUCAGAGUAUGUGGGCCGGGGGUUUUAUAGUGUAUUUAUUGAAGACAUGAGACUGGAAUUUGUACUUCAACUGAUGCCUCUCAUGAUUUAAUAUAUUCUGAACUCGAUAGUCUGCUACGAAACACUCACUUUUAGUACAAAUAAAUAUUUAUACACGGAAGGAGCUCUCACUUGGAUUUUUUGGAGGGGGGAGCUUUGCUUUGCAUCUCGGAGCUCAACGCUGGAGACUCGACGCAGUUUGAGGAGCUGGCCCUGGAGAUGUGGGAGAGGGAUCAGGCUCACCCCCAGCUCUGAGGAGAGGCAGGAGCAGAGGGUGAGGAUUGGAUCAAACUGCUGGAGCCAUGGGAUCAUAGCAGCCACAUUCCUGCAGGACAAACCAUGCUGCCUCCCCAGCCUUUCUAGCAGGGUUUGUGCUUUGACGAGGACUCCUGAGGCGGCAGCAAGAGCAGACAAGUCUGGAAAGGUUCUUGGAGAAGUGGGACUUGCAGUUCAACUGCAGUAACUGCCCUCAGGGGCAAGUAGAAAUAACUCCUUGUGCCUCUUCAGUCAGCCCCUUACGCCUGCGGUGACACGGGCAUGAGGAAAAGGCAAGCUCCAGCCAUGCCAAGAGCCAGGAUUUUGGAGAAACAGGCAGAUCAGAGCUCAGCCAGAGGCUGCCCCUGGCACCUGCCAACAGCCCGGGGUUUGUUCCUGCUCCCCUGCCCUCAGUGGGACAUUAAAGCUCCCCUGAGGAUACACUUUACACUCAAUUCAUGCCAAUUAAGACCUGCCUGUGCUGGGUCUUUACCAAAUAGUGAGCAGCCUGAAAAAAAGGAGGUGCAGGAGGAGCUUCCCAGCCUGGCAUUUCUCAGGUGUAACAACCCCAGAGAGGGGCUGGAAGAGUGUCAGAAUGGGCAUGGAACACAUGGAUCAGCUGGAGCACCUGGCACAGGCGUCAUUCCAACAUCCCCAGAAACAGAUCCUGGUAAGUAGCACAAUUUACAGGUUUAAUUCUGAGGUGAGUCACAGAAUCAUGGAAUGGUUUGGGCUGGAAGGGACCUGACAGACCAUCCACUCCCACCCCCUGCAGGGACACCUCCCACUAGCCCAGGUUGCUCCAGCCUGGCCUUGGACACUUCCAGGGAUCCAGGGGCAGCCACAGCUUCUCUGGGCAACCUGUGCCAGGGCCUCCCCACCCUCACAGGGAACAAUUCCUUCCCAAUAUCCCAUCUCUCCCUGCCCUCUGGCAGUGAGAAGCCAUUCCCCCUUGUCCUGGCACUCCAGGCUCUUGGAAAUAGUCUCUCUCCAUCUUUCCUACAGGCUCCCUUCAGGCCCUGGAAGGCCACAAUCAGGUCACCCCAAAGCUUCUCCUCUCCAGGCUGAACAAUCCCAGCUCUCCCAGCCUUUCCUCCCAGCAGAGCUGCUCCAGCCCUCUGAUCCUCUUGGGGCCUCCUCUGGCCUGGCUCCCUGAACCCAGAGCCAGCACUGUCACUCAUCCCUGCCCUCAGCCCCAGCACUAACAUGACAGGGCAGGAUUAGCAUCCCACAUCCCACAUCCCAGACUUUUCCCAUUUCCGUAGCAGGGUGUUUCUGCUGUGCCUAAUUUCCCACCCCCUGUGUUAGAGCAAUGUGCAUCUCCCAUUGUUUUUUGAUACGAGAAAAGGAGUCUAAGCAAUCACUCAGUUACUUUUAAACCCCCCUCCCUCCUCAUUUGCUUUUAAGAUUAAAUGGGUCAAGCUCAGCCCUGCUGCAUCCCCAGCCCAGCAUUCCAGGAAUAGCAGGGAGCAAGCUGUGCUGGAUGGACACUGUCAGCAGCCCCCGACACUGACGGCAGGGCUCCAGCCCUCUUUAUUUCACUUUAUUUUCCUUUGCAGUGUGUUUGGUUUUACAUCAUUCUCUGCUUCCAGCGCCUCCCUCCCCUCACAGGCAGCAGAGCUGUGACACAACACUCCACCCCAGGGGUAGGAAACAAUUCCCUUUACAGAUUUGUGUUCAGUUAGUGCACAGUUCGUAAAAUUAGACAAAGAAAAAUCAAGUUCCUGAAUAUCUC